AUGAGGAGAGAAUUAUCAAAUCUCCAAAAUGGAAGAGAUAGGGAAGAAAGAAGGAGAGGAAGGGAUAGGGUUAGUGAAAGAAGUUAUAGAGAAAUAAGCCCUAAAAGAGAAAGGCAUGAGAGAAGAAGAAGGGAAGAUGAUAGAGAAAGAGAUAGAGAUAGAGAUGGUGAUAGAAAUAGACAUAGAGAAAGAGAUAGAAAUAGAGUUGGAGAUGAAGAUACUAGACAUAGAAGAGAUGAUAGGUUGAAAGAAGUUAAGCUAGAGGUUCCUCAUUUCUAUGGAAAGGAUGACGUAGAGGCCUACUUGGAAUGA